AUGGUACCAUUAUCACCUACUGUGAUGUCAAACAUCGCAGGAUACAUGUCUAUAGCUACUUGGAUAGUAGUUUAUUCGCCUCAAAUAUGGGAGAAUUAUCAAUUACAAUCAGGUGAAGGAUUAUCAGUACCUUUUAUAGUACUUUGGUUAUUAGGUGAUAUAACGAAUCUGGUUGGAGGGGCUAUGGCUGGAAUAUUACCUACAAUGAUUAUAUUAGCUGUUUAUUAUACCGUAUGCGAUCUAAUACUUCUUUUUCAAGUAUACUAUUACAGACGUAAACCAUCACCUAAAGCGAGAGAACAUAUAACUCCUAAUGAUGAGACAACACCAUUAUUACCUGAACCUAAACAACCUAAACCAUUAUUACCCCCCUCAUUGGAAUAUCCAAUCAUGUUAUCAUUCGUUCUAUUAGCAGGUGUAGGAGCUUGGUACAUAUCAGACAAUUCAAAUGAUGAAAUUUCUAUACCAGAAAAACCGGAUCAAAAACAUGAUAUUCAAUUAGAAUGGAAAUCUCAAUUAUUAGGUUGGAUGAGUGCCGUCCUUUAUUUAGGUAGUAGAAUUCCUCAAAUCGUGCAUAAUUACAAAACGAGAUGUGCAGGUUUAUCAUUAGCGAUGUUCUUUUUCGCCAUUUCAGGAAACAUAACAUACGUCCUUUCAAUCUUAUUGACAUCAAUGAACCCAAAAUACAUCUUAGCCAAUUUACCUUGGUUAGCAGGAUCAGGAUUGACUGUAUUUUUGGAUCUAUUCGUCCUGGCUCAAUUCGCCAUUUUCAAUUGGCAAGAUAAGAGGAAAGGACAAGUCUUUGCUUCGGAUGGUCAAGAUCAAGAUCAAGAUGGAGAACAAGAUGAAUCGUAA